AUGGUGAACUCAAAUUCAAAAUCCAAUUUCAAACGUCAAAUUCCGAUUCAUGGAAUUGCGGAGAAUAUUUUUUGUGAUGUCCGGGAUUCAUUCAGGUACCACAAAAUUAGACUAGACCUCAAAUUCAAGCUAGAAAAAUUUUUUUUUCAGAAAAAAUUUCAGCGAAGGUUGGGAGAAGGCUGGCGCUGCAUUUUGUGUGAUUCACAAGGGAAAAAUGAUUGUGGAUUUGUGGGGAGGAUAUGCGGACCCGGAAUGUUUGUGA